ACUUUCCUCCCAGCCCCCGAGGAAGGGUCCACAGGCUACCGAGGUGAUGUGAAGACGGGGGCUCUACCUGCCUGACCUGGGCGGCGGGGUAGGGUACCCUUUCCUCUUCCUCCAUCCAGAGAGCGCAAUUGCGGGAAACAAGAAAGCUGUCGCCCCCGUGUGGGACUUUGCUUCUGAAAACAAUGGCUUGAGGUGGCUAGGACAAGACGCGUGGUUCUUGAGCUGCCCCUGCAGUAGAUGGACGCGCAGCCGUCCCAACCCGGACCGACCGCCAGGAGGCGCUGCGCACGCACCGGUCCCCGCCCGCUCCGCAGGAUCGCGAGCGCGCGGUCCCCUCCCUCCCCAGCGCCAGCCGCGCACCGGGCAGCGGCGCGACCAGGGCCAGAAGCGGGGACUGUCACCGCGCAGGCGGCCGCCGGGGCGCAGGGCGAUGUCUGCCGGGGCGCAGCCGCUCGCGCCCCUCUGGUGCUUCUCGGCCGCGCUGGGGAUGCUGUGGUCCCCAGCGUCGCAGGCGUUCAACCUGGACGUGGACGAGGUCACGGUGUACAGCGGCCCCGGGAGCAGCUACUUCGGCUACGCGGUGGACUUCCACCUCCCUGACGCUCGCACAGCCAGUGUCUUGGUGGGGGCGCCCAAAGCCAACACCAGCCAGCCGGACAUCGUGGAAGGGGGAGCCGUGUACUACUGCCCUUGGCCCGCCGAGGGGUCUGCACCGUGCAAGCAGAUACCUUUUGACACCACCAACAACAGAAAGAUCAGAGUUAAUGGAACUAAAGAACCUAUAGAAUUUAAAUCAAAUCAAUGGUUUGGAGCAACCGUGAAAGCCCACAAAGGGAAAGUUGUGGCCUGUGCUCCUUUAUAUCACUGGAGAACUCUUAAACCGUCACCGGAAAAGGAUCCAGUGGGCACCUGCUACGUAGCAAUUCAGAAUUUCAGUGCCUAUGCUGAGUACUCCCCUUGUCGGAACAGCAAUCCUGAUCCUGAAGGUCAAGGUUACUGCCAAGCAGGAUUUAGUCUGGACUUUUAUAAGAAUGGAGACCUUAUAGUAGGAGGACCUGGAAGUUUUUACUGGCAAGGUCAGGUGAUCACGGCCAGUAUUGCAGAUGUCAUUGCAAAUUAUUCAUUUAAGGAUAUUCUAAGGAAACUGGCUGGAGAAAAGCAGACAGAAGUGGCUCCAGCUUCCUAUGAUGAUAGCUACCUUGGAUACUCAGUUGCUGCUGGGGAAUUUACUGGAGAUUCUCAGCAAGAACUGGUUGCUGGAGUUCCAAGAGGAGCACAGAACUUUGGAUAUGUCUCAAUCAUUAACUCUACAGAUAUGACUUUUAUUCAGAAUUUCACUGGUGAACAGAUGGCAUCUUACUUUGGAUAUACUGUCGUAGUAUCAGAUGUUAACAAUGAUGGAAUGGAUGACAUACUGAUUGGGGCGCCUCUCUUCAUGGAACGUGAAUUUGAGAGUAACCCGAGGGAAGUGGGGCAAGUCUACCUAUACUUGCAAGUGAGCGCCCUCCUCUUCCAGGACCCACAGGUCCUCAUGGGCACUGAGACUUUUGGGAGAUUCGGUAGUGCUGUGGCACACUUGGGAGACUUGAACCAAGAUGGAUACAAUGAUAUUGCCAUCGGUGUGCCCUUUGCAGGCAAGGAUCAGAGAGGCAAAGUGCUGGUUUACAAUGGGAACCAGGAUGGCUUAAACGUCAGGCCUUCCCAAAUUCUUCAAGGAGCAUGGGCCUCACAGACAGUCCCUUCUGGAUUUGGCUUUGCUUUAAGAGGGGACUCAGACAUAGACAAGAAUGAUUACCCAGAUUUACUUGUGGGUGCAUUUGGAGCAGGAAAAGUGGCUGUUUACAGAGCAAGGCCAGUUGUGACCGUGGAUGCCCAGCUUCUCUUGAACCCAGUGAUUAUCAAUCUUGAAAAUAAAACUUGCCAGAUUCCAGAAUCUGUGACACCUGUGGCCUGCUUUUCUUUAAGAGUAUGUGCAUCUGUAACAGGCCAGAGCAUUCCAAAUACAAUAGCCUUGGUGGCUGAGCUGCAGUUAGAUUCCCUGAAACAAAAAGGAGCCAUCAAACGGACACUCCUCCUCGACAACCGUCAAUCCCAUCUCGUCUUCCCUCUGCUGAUAAAGCGGCAGAAAUCCCUCCAGUGUCGGGAUUUCAUUGUUGACCUUCGAGAUGAAACUGAAUUUCGAGAUAAAUUAUCACCAAUCAACAUCAGCUUGAAUUACAGUUUGGAUGAGUCCGCCUUUAAAAAAGGCCUGGAAGUAAAACCAAUAUUAAACCACUACAGGGACAAUGUUGUUACUGAACAGGCUCACAUCCUGGUGGACUGCGGAGAAGAUAAUCUGUGCGUUCCUGACUUGAAGCUGUCUGCUAGACCAGAUAAGGACCAGAUCAUCAUUGGAGAUGAAAAUCACCUUAUGCUCACAAUAAAUGCAAAAAAUGAAGGGGAAGGAGCCUACGAAGCCGAACUCUUUGUAAUGAUACCAGAAGAGGCAGAUUAUGUUGGCAUUGAACGCAAUACCAAGGGAUUCCGGCCACCGAGCUGUGAGUACAGGAUGGAAAAUGUGACCAGGAUGGUGGUGUGUGACCUUGGGAACCCGAUGGUGGCUGCAACAAAUUAUACUCUGGGCCUCCGAUUUGCAGUUCCUCGUCUGGAGAAAACAAACACAAGCAUUAACUUCAGUCUCCAAAUCAGAAGUUCUAACAAGGACAAUCCAGACAGCAAUUUUGUGAGUUUGCAAAUCAACAUCACUGCUGUCGCUCAAGUAGAAAUAAGAGGAGUAUCGCACCCUCCGCAAGUUGUUCUGCCCAUUCAUAACUGGGAACCGGGACAGGAGCCCCGCAAAGAAGAGGAAGUCGGGCCAUUGGUGGAACAUAUUUAUGAGCUGCACAAUAUUGGACCAAGCACCAUCAGCGACACCACGCUGGAAGUCGGCUGGCCGUUUUCUGCACGGAAUGAGUUUCUCCUCUAUGUUUUUCACCUUCAAACUCUGGGGCCUCUGCAGUGUCGAACAAAUCCUGAUAUCAACCCACAGGAUAUAAAGCCUGCUGCCUCCCCAGAGGAUACCCCUGAGCUCAGUGCCUUUUUGCGAAACUCUACCAUCCCUCAUCUUGUCAGGAAGCGAGACGUGCCUGUGCUUCAGCUCCACCGACAGAGCCCUGCAAAAAUACUGAACUGUACAAACAUCGAGUGUUUACAAAUCUCCUGUGUGGUGGGACGACUAGAAAGAGGUGAAAGUGCUGUUCUGAAAGUUAGGUCACGACUAUGGGCCCACACGUUCCUCCAGAGGAAAAAUGAUCCCUAUGCUCUUGCAUCGCUGGUGUCCUUUGAAGUUAAGAAGAUGCCUUAUAGAGACCAGCCAGCAAAACUCCCAGAAGGAGGCAUAGCAAUUAAAACCUCAGUUAUUUGGGCAACUCCAAACGUUUCCUUCUCAAUCCCGUUAUGGGUCAUAAUACUGGCAAUACUUCUUGGAUUGUUGGUUCUGGCCAUUUUGACCUUAGCUUUGUGGAAGUGCGGAUUCUUUGACAGAGCAAGACCUCCUCAGGAUGACAUGGCCGACAGGGAACAGCUGACCAGUGACAAGCUCCCAGAGUCAUGACAAGGAAAACCAAAGACCUUGUUCAAAGAAAAGGAAGGACAAAGGGGCUAAAUAAUAACAGCUUUCCUAUGCCUGCCAGUGACCUAGGUAAUGGAAAGGCCCUAAGAUUAUCACCUCAUCUACGUUACCCUUUGGGGAAGGAAGUUUCCGUGGAGCCCAGAGGACCCUCUUGGAAAUGGGAAUGGCAACACUAGAAGCAAUCUGUAGUGCUGGAAAAUUUCUUUGGCUUUCAUCAUUCCAUACGGGGUGGACAUACUGAAAUGGGCAUGGAAACUUAGCCAGGUAAAUCCAGCUUGAGUUGCAAAGAUGAGAUAUCUGAAUUACUGCAGAAUUUAGAGGGUGAAUGAAGACUGAACUUGUCCAACACUACUGUAUCCAACAGAACAUUCGACACCUCCCUAUGGAAAAGAAAUGUUUCUAAUGGUGCGAUGGCUCAGGGAGACAAGCAAUAUGUUGUUGGUACUGUAAAGUACUCUUGAAGAGACAAAGUAAUUUUGUGAGUGAGGAUGACAUUUUAUUUAUUUAUUUUCCAUUUUUCUAGGUUGAGAUUCUGGUUGUCUAGAGGAUUUGGAAACUAAGAUUUGCUUAGCUAGUGUUCAAAAUCACUUCAUUCCCUUCCUAUGAUAACCACUUUGUUCAGAUAACUCAUUUAACAGAUUUUCAAAAUUUAGACAGUAUUAAGGAGAAGCAAAUUGGUAUUAGGAAUUAAUUUGCUGAAUGACUUGCUUCUUUCUACCUGAAAUUACACUUAUUUACACCAUCCAGACACUCACAUUUGCUCAAUUUAGCUUUAUAAAAUGUUGCAUUUAUAUUUCCAUAUAUAUAUAUAUAUAUAAAAAUCUUUCCACUGAGUUAGUUAAAAUAGGAAUUUCAAGGUACUCAGCACUCUGUGUGGUAUUUAAAAGUAAUAGUAAAAUGUCUAGAGUCCAUUAAUGAAAAAUUUAAAAUUACAGGUAAAUAUUAUUUUCAUAGUUAAAACAAGCAGCACCAAUACUUAGCUUGGAAUUAAAUACUUAUUUUUUCCUGCUACACCUCAUACUUAGCUUCACAGUGAAAACAUACUGAACAUAAAUAGGUUGGAAACAUAAUCUAUAGGUGUGAAACACACCUAGACAACUAAGUCCUAAGGAUUUUUAUUUAAAAUUGCUUAUUCCAACUUUGUUAUUCAGUUUUACUGCUAAUCUUUACAGUACAAAACUUUGGAGAAUAAUCUUUUAUUUAAGCUAUUUUUUCCUUCAUUUUAACUUAACCACCAUUAAAAAGUAUUGUUUAAAACCCUUGUAAAUAAUCCAUAAUCGUGUAUAAUAUUAUUUGGAAGAACAACUGAGCAGCCAGAUCCAUAGGUAGUCUGCACAAUUCUGUAUCCUUUUUAUAACAAUGAAAAAUUACUAUGAAGAAAUGCUAAACAAAUUUUUAUGUGCAAUAUUUUAUAGAACUAUGUAUCUACGGCAUGUUUACACUGGCAUUAGUUAUUUUUAAAUGAAUAUCCUGAAUACUAAGUAUGAUAAAACAAACUGACCAAGACCCUUAAGUUUACAAAGCAGUUGGAAAAAUCCGUGUCCCAGUUUCAACAAUCACACUUUAUUUGAAAGAUGAACCAAACUCACAAACACUCGAUUUUAUGUGCCUUACCCUGGAGAGGAGCCAUUUGGCUUCAGCCGCGGAACCUCAUUGGAAAGCGAGCCAAAGGAAACAUAGAAGAUCACGCGUUUGCACUUCAUCUUCUUCCCGCUUGUGAAUUAACCGCUGCCAUGGUAGCUGUCUGGUGCCUGUCAGGAGGCGAAUCCUCACUCCCACUCUGCAGGUCUGAUGAUGAUGAGCAUAGCACUUGCCUCAAAGAAUUUAAGGGUCCCACACCAGCUCCUAGGUUUCCUUUGUUGGUCCUCUAGGUAGACCAAACUUUACAGGUAGGUGAUCCUCUAUGUGAUAUGAUUUGAGGAAUGCCGGACAGCUCUAUCUUCUCUCGAUAAUGUCCUAGUUGUUGUCAUGCCAGAGUUAUGACCAAAAGAGAUUAGCUCCUUGGGAUCUUUGGUCAUAAAAGUUCCCUGAGGGAAUACAUUCUUUGCCUUUAAGAUAGUAUUGUGAAGCAACUCAGAAGUCACAGAGCCAGUCAUGGAGACCUCAGGAGAAAGUUGCUAAAGACACCUGGAGGAAACUAGAGAUACCAGAGGAAGACAGGGACCCAGAACACAGCAAAGCAUAGGGGCUUCCCAAGUAAACCAUGCCUUCCCAGUCUCAGCCGAGAGAGAUCCCUUGCUCAAGGGCACUGUACUACAGGGAUUGUCGGGAACCAUCACACACAGGCAUGCACCCUUAGAAUGGGGGGCCAAGCGGGGGGAGGGAGAAGACUGAGGUCAGGUGAGCCCUCCCGUGAAGUGUCCCACAUCCCCUCCACAUGAAGAAAACAGACACCACACUGAGGGUACAAAGCGAAUGGUAUUGUCCAUUUCUUUCCUAAGUCAUAAUGCGCUGAGCUCCUCCUAGUGCCUAUCUGUAUUUCUCUUCAAAUAAUUUCCUUUUCCAAUUCUUGCAGCUGGUUUUUAGGACACAGGAAAAUGGGCAAAUUAGUUUUAUAAACUUGGACAUUUCUAUAUAGCAAAUAAGUAACAUGUACUAGUCACCACUGAAACUCUAGAACUCUUAGAACUUAACUCUUGCUUUAUUUAAAUACAUGUGCAGAUAUCUGUGAAGAUUUUUGUGUAACUAUUUACCUUGUCACUAAUAAAAUUAAAAUUUAAAGACA